AUUUCCACCUGAAGAGAGCAGAAAGCGGAUAGAUAGAGAGCCUAGAAACCGUGAAAGAAGUUAGGCAAAACCCUAAUCAGAGAGAUAGAGAAAUGGGUUUGGAGAGUCUUGGAGAUCUAGUUUUGAACAAAAUUCUAUCAAAAUUAGACCCAAAACACACCGCUAUGGUAGCUUGUGUUAACAGAAGGUUCAGGAAUUCUGUUUCUGAAGAGUCUCUCCAGUGGUCCAAAAUCUGCUUGGAUGAACUUGGUCUUCAUGCCCCCUUUGAUCUUCAUGGCAACUCUCUUCCUUCCUUUAAGGCAACAUACCAGACAUGGCGGGAGUCUUUUAAUAUGUAUCCAUGGCCUCUUGUUAAACGGGUUAAAAGAUGUUGGGAUAGACUUAAAAACUGGUUGACCAUUAACCUUCCAGAGGCAAAGGCUACACUUCGAAGGGGUGCAUCAGAAGCAGAUAUCCAAGAGUUAGAGAAAAUUUUGAAAGUGAAAUUGCCUGUCCCAACAAGGAUUCUGUAUCGCUUUUGUGAUGGUCAGGAAUGCUCAGCUAAAGAUUUUGAUAGUCGAGUUGGUUUGGGUCUUCUUGGUGGCUACUGUGUUUAUGGACAUCUGGUUAAUGUGUACCUGUUGCCUUUAAGUCGAAUAAUCAUGGACACACGAAAGAUUACAGGUGACAUAUCUCUUAACAGCAGAUCUAAGUAUAUCCUUGUGGCUGCUUCUUUGACCUCUAGUUAUAAGUUGUUCUUCCUCAACUGUACCAAUGGCCAACUCUAUGUUGGUACUACGAAUCUUGUCCCAGAUGGAGAAAUGCUUCCAUGCGUUCCAAAUGAUCUGAUAAAUUUGCAAAAUGCUAGCAGUGAUCAGCAGCAGGAUGCGAUGCUACUAUGGUUAGAAGAACAUGCCCGACGCUUAGAAAAUGGGAUUAUCAAAAUUCGUGAAAAAGGAGGUAUCCGAAGUAUUAACCUAUUUCCUGAGGAACCUCCCCUCUGUUCCACUGCUAUAACCAAUGGUGUGAAGGUUCGUGCGUCUUCUGUGUUUACUCCGGAGGCGGCUGACCUUCGAGGUCAUUCUGAGAAGUACUUGUUUGCUUUUUCAAUCCGCAUGUCCCUCAUGCCUGAAGGAUGCAUCAUUGGUGGUAUGAAUUUCAGCUCCUGCCAGCUGCUCCGGAGGCACUGGGCUAUUCAUGCUAAUGAUGUUGUAGUAUCGGACAUUGGUGGAGAGGCUGUGAUUGGAAUGUUUCCACUCCUGCGUCCAGGGGAGAAAGAAUUUGUUUAUGAGAGCGGCACACCCCUACCAACUUCAUCAGGUUCCGUCAAAGGUUCAUUUACAUUUGUCCCUGGCAGAUUGGCAGACCCAGAAGGUGGUCCAUUUGAAGCUGAGGUGGCAGAGUUCUCCCUCCUUCGCCCAGACUACAUCUUCUGAGAACCAUGUACAUGGUUAUAGCCUGUUUACAUGUAAACCCUCAUUUCAGUUACCAGGGCUUGAUUUCAGUUUGACUGGACUAUUGGAAACUGACUUUUGCCCUCACAUUCAAUGGAAUGAAGGUCCAGGAGACAUCGUUUACAUGGUGUGUAUGCAGCCAACAGCCUUCUCUAUUGAUUGUGCGAAUGUGAUUGGGCUAAGUCAGUGGCGGAAGAGUCCUUGCUCAGGAACCAUGUUGGUCUUUUCUACUUUCUUUUCAGAUUUGCCAGAUUGAGUGUUGUG